UUUCCUCUUGGAGCACCUAAGUAGCUGUGCUCUCGAAUUCCAGUAAUGGGAACCAAGAGACCCUUUUGGUCUGCAGGAGGGAUGUUUCCUCUUUAGCUCCUAGAGGAAGGAGCUAAGUUUGCUGUUGUGCAAAUGAGAUACAUUCAGUUGCACCUUAGUCACCUUUAGUAUUUUUGAGCUUCUGCACAUGUGAGAUCAUACGUUGAGCGCAUCCCCUCAUCUCCCCACAGCUACCCUCUUUUUGGCUGGGUGUGUGCUUUACCACUGAGCUCCGUCCCCAGCUACCUUGCUCAUUAUUACUUCCUUCUCCCCUAUCAGGGUGUGAUGUGUGUAAACCUGAUGUUAUCCUCAGAUUGGAGAGAGGGGAGGAACCAUGGACAUCAUUUGCAGGUCAUGUCUGCUUAGAUCCGAUAGCCUCUUCUGACGUCCAUGGGCACCAAGCACACAUCUGGUGCACAUACAUGAAGGCAAAACACUCACAUGAAAUAAAAUGAAUAAAUCCAAAAGGUAACAAGUUUGAGGUAAGCCUGGGCUAUAUGAAAUCCUAUUAUGUUUCAAAAGAUUUCUGUUGUUGCAAUGACUUUUCUAGAUAAUAAUUAUCCUCAAGUUUUGAGUAGAGCCGGAAGUGGAGGAAGGAAAAUGUGUAGGCUUCUGUUGUGUUUUGUUGUUGGCUGCAGUGUUGAGGCUGGACCCCAGAGCCUGGUCCAUGCUGGACAGACUCCACUGCUGAGCUGCAUCCCACCUUGUAGUUUGUUGAGCUGGUUUUCACCAUGUAGCCAAGUCUGGCAUCAAACACUCAAUCCCCGUGUCUCUGCCUCACAAGUGCUGGGAUUUUACAUGUGCACCUUUGCCUAUGUGAAGGGUUUCUGAAAUCAUAGAACAGUACGAUUUACUUGAAGAUCCUCUAAAUGUGACUAGAAAUAAAGCUGGAAAUUGAUGAAAAUAGUACAAACUUAGGCUGUGGUCACUUGGCCCAACAUUUUAGAGGUGUCAUUCACUCUCUGCCUUGCCCUCUCACCAGCUAAACAUCUUCCUACUUGUUCAGAUCUUGAUUAUGCUCUAAGAUAGAGAUGAGUGCCUGAAAACAACAGUUAUCCCCGGAGUUCUGGAGUCACUUAGCAGGUUAGCUACAACAGUUGUACACAGCACUCUGUUUUAAACUUAUUGUUAGAGGUAUUUUCCUAGUUCCCCUGUUACAUGACAAAAUACUUCUCCCUCUUCCGUGGCCUCAGAGCCAGAUUAUUGGAAUGCUUUUCUAGAUUCCAAGAAACUAAUCCUUUAAAAGAUUAGUGAGCCUGUGGUACUUCGUGUAAGGGGCUGGGCAAAAUGACUGGCGGGUUUCACCACAGUAAUUAAGAGACUUGGGUAUAAAAAUUUGGGUGAUGUUUCUUGCGAUAGUUACCUUUCCUGUGAUUUCUCUUAACAAAUACUUCUACCUUAUUGUUCAUCUUAUAUUACUUUCAUUCCCUUGAUAGAUGUUUUAUCAUUUAAGAGUCUUCCUGAAUUCCUCUUAUACCAUUCAUUAUUUGGUUUGUAUUGCUUUAUGUAUAUAAUUAUUUAUGGUUCAAGAGAUAUUAACUGUUUUAUUUCAUUCUUUCACACUGAAACAUGCUUUGUAUUUAUGCUUCAUGUUUGUAUCUUUUCUACUGUUUGCUUUGCUUUAUAACCUGGAAGUGGUUUGCUAUAGGUCUUUCACAUGUUAGACUGUUUCCUAAUUCUUUUACCUAUCAAAUUUGUGGGAAUUCACCAGUUGUUAUUCUUUUCCAGAAGAAAACUGGAGAUCAAGUGAGUUUUUAAUGAAAUUCAAGGAACACCAAGAUAAGUAUUCUAGAUCAUUUGUAUAUAUUAACUAUAAAGAACUAACUAAAAAGAAGAGUAAUAUAUAUCAAAAGACAUUUACCCUAGUGAACAGUCCUGUUAAUUCCAAACAUCUACCUCCUGAAUAUGACACUCAUGGAAAUAUUUUAGAAAAUGUUUCAGAAUCAAUGAACAAUAAUCUAUGUCCAGCAAGUAAGAGAUUUAAUGAGUAUGAUGGAUAUUUGAAAUCAUGCCCAAAUUCCAUGCAAGACAUGGGACAUCCUGAAACCAAAUUCCAUACUCCAAGUGCCAAGGCUUGCAGUCACAGUGAUGUACAGGUACAGUAUGAGAAAACAGGAGCUCCAGCAGUGUCAUUUAGAAAUAAUAACUGUGAGAAGCCAUUUCUUAGGAAGGGAAGCUCAAAUACACAAAAUGGAGCAUACAGAGGGGAAAAUCCAUCCAUAUAUAACAAAAAGAAAAGAGCAACAAAUACUGAAAAAAAUCAUAUAUGCACAGAAUGUGGGAAGUCCUUCUGCAGGAAGUCAGUAUUGAUUCUACAUCUGGCGAUUCACACAGAGGAAAAGCCUUAUCAGUGUCAUCAGUGUGGAAAUGCAUUUAGAAGGAGGUCGUAUCUCAUUGACCAUCAGAGAACUCACACGGGAGAAAAACCCUUUGUUUGUAAUGAGUGUGGUAAGUCCUUCCGCCUAAAGACAGCCCUCACUGAUCACCAGAGAACACACACAGGCGAGAAGUCCUAUGAAUGCCCACAGUGUAAGAACGCCUUCAGAUUGAAGUCCCACCUUACUCGUCAUCAGAGAACUCACACAGGAGAAAAGCCAUAUGAGUGCAAUGACUGUGGGAAAUCUUUCCGCCAAAAGACAACACUCUCCCUCCAUCAGAGAAUUCAUACAGGGGAGAAACCCUACAUUUGUAAAGAAUGUGGGAAAUCUUUCCACCAGAAAGCAAAUCUCACUGUCCACCAGCGGACUCAUACAGGGGAGAAGCCCUAUAUUUGUAAGGAAUGUGGGAAAUCAUUCUCCCAGAAAACAACACUUGCCCUUCAUGAAAAAACUCAUAACGAGGAGAAGCCCUAUAUGUGUAACGAAUGUGGAAAGUCCUUCCGCCAGAAAACAACCCUUGUGGCCCAUCAGAGGACACAUACAGGGGAAAAGUCCUAUGAGUGUCCUCGUUGUGGGAAGGCCUUUAGAGUGAAAUCCUACCUCAUCGAUCAUCACAGAACUCACACAGGAGAAAAACCAUAUGAAUGUAACGAGUGUGGGAAAUCAUUCAGUCAAAAAACAAAUCUCAAUCUACACCAGAGGAUUCAUACUGGGGAGAAACCCUAUGUUUGUAAAGAGUGUGGGAAGUCCUUUCGCCAAAAAGCAACCCUCACUGUACAUCAGAAAAUACAUACAGGGCAGAAGUCCUAUGAGUGUCCUCAGUGUGGAAAAGCUUUUAGCAGGAAAUCCUACCUCAUUCAUCAUCAAAGAACUCAUACAGGAGAGAAACCCUAUAAAUGCAAUGAAUGUGGAAAGUGCUUCCGUCAAAAAACAAAUCUCAUUGUUCAUCAAAGAACUCACACAGGUGAGAAACCCUAUGUGUGUAAGGACUGUGGCAAGUCCUUCAGUUAUAAGAGAAACCUCAUUGUCCAUCAAAGGGUUCAUAGAGAAAAUAUAGAAAUAGAAUAAAAGAAAGUGAUGUCUUUGUAAAGUCUUUCCAAUUAUUAUAAAGUUGCAGUUUUAAAAAGAAAACCAUGCUUACAUAUAUCACAGUAGUUAUUAGAGUUCCUACCACAUUACUAUUUACUGCUCCCUAGCAUAGGAAAUAUUUAUAGUCAUUGUUGAAUUGUGUCAGCUGUGAAGGUAAUUUGUAACUUUUAGACUGUUCUGCUGACUUGAAAUACUUUAUUAAAACUACUUCCAAUUGUGUGUGGUAGUGCACACUUAGAGAUGCCAGUACUUUGGUGGCAAAGGCAAGGAAGUCAUAGUUUUAGAGCAACCUGACCUACAUACCAGCUUUCAAGCCAGCCAGGGCUACAUGGGAGAGACCAUCUCAAAACAACAAAAAAUUGUAGUACAUGUAGGAAAACACACUAUAAAAUGGUUAUCAGCAUUAAUUUCCAUAAGAAUAAAAAUGAACCCAAAGUUUCGUUGUAGUCUAUAUUACUAAAAAAUAGUUGCUGCUUUCCCUAUAAGUACAUCUGCAUAUAUUUUUCCUUUGGUUUUUUGAGACAGGAUUUCACUGUGGCUCUGGCUG